AUGAGCUCGCAGCGCUAUCAACGGGUCAACGCCCACGAUGAAGAGGAAGGGCCACAUUCCUAUCCGUUGAACCCAGCCCGGUCCGAUCUCACCCCCUCUUCUCCGCCUCCCUCGUUCCGAUCUCGUUCUGUCUCGCCAUCCUCGAGACGUCUGCUACACGGCGACGACCCGCUCCGGAACGAUGAGGACCAGACGCUGGCGGAUGCCUUUGACGAUGAAGAUGGAUCCGACGACGAUAAUGAAACCGACGAUAGGCAGCUGUUGAUGCGAGGAAACCCGAACUCCCGCUCAGUCGAUGAUAAUAGUAAUAACGGCUCUGGCACUCCGGCGUCCUCGUCCGAUUCUAUGGGCGGGCAGCAGGAUCAGACCCGGGCUCCCGGCAUUUUACGGCGGCCGACGAUACUACCGUCUUUUAGUACGCCUGGCUCGGGAGGUAGUCGGUCAAUUACGGCGUCGAAUGAUGGUGUCUUUGCCAACCUGUCCGCUAAGCCGGAACGAGGCGAGAAGAAUGAGGAUCUCCCUCCAUCAUAUGAAGAAGCCGCUGCCGAUGCGACGCCCCCAUAUUGGGAGACCACGAUCGUUGCGCCCGGUAUCUCAUCCGACGAAGUCUACGUCGAUGGACUACCUGUCGGAUCGGUGUUCUCUUUUGUGUGGAACGCAAUGAUUUCCAUGUCCUUCCAGCUGGUCGGUUUCCUGUUGACCUAUCUCCUACACACCACCCACGCCGCAAAGAACGGCAGCCGAGCGGGCCUCGGUCUCACCCUUGUCCAAUAUGGCUUCUAUAUGAAAGGCGGCAAUGACAGCGAUGCCGACGGCGGAGGCGGGGGCCAAUAUGGAAGCACGCCACCCGAUCCCAACAGCCACAGCUUCGAUCCGAACACCGUUGGCGAGACCUCGGGCGGCGGCGGUGAUGGGGGCGCCGUGACCGCCAUCAGCACUAGCGAAUGGAUCUCGUACGUCCUGAUGAUUGUCGGCUGGUUUAUUCUCAUUCGCGCCGUCAGCGACUUCCUUCGCGCCCGGCGUCACGAGCAGCUAGUGUUGCAGAGUCCCGACCGUGGACUGGGAGUACCUGUGAUCGCAGAGGGUGAGCGGUCCGAGACAGUUGUCUAG